GGCGCUGGCUCCCAUCCGGUCCCUCCCAUAGGCGUCCGCCUUCCAUCCACCAAUCCCCUGUUGCCCCUUCCUCCUUCUCUUCCGGCUCCUUCUCUUCCACCUUCUCCUUCGUUCGUUCGUCUGCUUUCUUGCCCCUCCCCACCCCCCGUCUUCAGCUAAUGCCAGACCUGGGCCCCCCCGCCUGCCGGCCUGACGCCCGGAGGUGUCAGCCCGGUGUUCUGGCCCUGCGCCUGUGGCUGCUGCUGUCGCUGCUGUUGGUCUUCCUGGACCGCGCGCGCGGCACGUCCGACAUCUCGGACCGUUCGGAGCUCGUCAUCCCGAGAGUCACCUUCUUCGAAGCACAGACCGGCUUCAUCAACCACUACUUCCAUCCGUUCUCCUUCGUCCCGGCCCUCCCCCUGCCGCCGGCCAAUGGGCGAAACGCCAUCCGAACAUGCAACGACACCGACUGCCCCCGGCGCUGCGUCCUGGAAUUCGGUGAUGUGGGCUUCCAGGUGCUCAUGUACCCCACGAGCCUGGUCCAGCACUACUCCGACCUGCGCAGCAUCAACGACAUCUCCUCCUGCAUGUCCGGCAUGCUGGCCAUGUCCACAUUCAACUUGGACUCCCUGGGUGAUCUGGAGUCGGGCCAAUUCCUGGACAGCACGGCCCCCAAGCUGACCGGCGCCCGCAGCCUCACCCCGUCGCAAAAGGCCCUCCUAGCGCGUCAUGGCUGUGCCGACCUGGCCUGCUUGUAUGCCCUGUCCAUUGCGGACCUGCAGUUGGAGCAUUCCUUCUGCUCGACCUAUGUGUCCGUCGUGAAUCCCUUCCGCAAGGAGGAUCACUCCGUCGGGUACACCGUGUCCGAUGCCGAGUAUGUGCAUGGUCCCUUCCCCCAGGCCCUGGUCCGAGCAUGUUUGGUCAAUGCCCUCGCCGACUUCCUCCCUCCCGAGGCGGCCACCAUGCCGCCGGACUCGGUCGAGCGCAUCCUCCACUGGGCGGAGUUCGGCUGGCCGGCGGCAUUCAUGCAGACCGGCUCCGCACCGGCCGAGCCCUUCCCCGAAUCCUUGCCUCUCCUGCCGGCCGGCUCGCAGAUCCCCUCGGCCCGGAUGUGCCUCAGCUUCACCUGGCCAUUGGAUGUCUACAUGCGGGCGCUAUCGACUCAGGUCCAGCGCGACUCCCUCCGCCGGCUGCUCGCCCCCGCCGAGCAGACGGCCAUCAUGCGCGUUGAUCCGUCCUACUUUGGCGACGCUCUCGCUUACGCCAAUCUGGCCCAGGACUCCGCUCUCUUUGGUGGUCUUAUCCCCUUGUGCGAGGAUGUCAUUAGUAGCAUUGGGUCUGGCUCUGGGGGUCUCGGCUCUCCCAUGCCUCCCUUUUUCCCGCCAGCCGACAGCUCUGCAUCCUCUUCUGGCAGUGCUUCGGCCCCGGCUUCGGGCUCGGCCCCAGCUUCGGGCUCGGCUCCUGGCAGCGGCUCGGCCCCGGCUCCUGGCAGCGGCUCGGCCCCGGGUUCCAGGCCGGAUGAGGGUGUCCCCUCACUGUCCGGUUCAAAUUCCAUGUCAUCUGGGCCCGAACAUACGACGCCUGUGGAUCCAGGCCCCGCCAAGGCAUACGGCGUCCCCCUGGCCGAUGACUGGCAUGCGCGACUCAUGUCUCGCUGGUCUCAGGAUGACGAGAUGUUUGCCAUGCUAUCUUGCCCUGCCAGCGAGCUCAAACACAGUCCCGGCUAUUGCGGCUGUGGCAUGCGCGACCCCCCCGCAUCGGUGACGCCCCCGGUGGACCCCACCGACGAGGAAUAUGGUCGUUACUGCCUGCCCUCCUGCCUGGCCCUCGAGCUGGAGAACGGCAACCAGCCAACCGGGCUGCCCUGUGACUGUCUGUUGGCCCUGUUCGAGGUAUCCAUGGACUUUUACAUCCCCAUCGGCGUGACGCAUCCCAUGGUGUCGGUGGUGCCGCUCCUGCGCAUGGACUACGACAUCUAUGGUGCCAUGCUUUUCGACGGGCUACUCUUGCCGGAGGGCUUCUCCUGUGCCUUCUUCACCGGCGACGAGAGCGCCUCCUCGGAUUCCUCCGGUUCGGAGGACGUCCCCUGGAUUGAAACCCCCCCGGGCAUCAUCGUCGUUGUGAUGCUCAGUCUGGCCGGUGCCGGGAGUCUGGGCUUUGGCGCAUACUCGCUGAUGAUGCGCCUGCUGGUGGUCCAGGUGGGUGGCCCCACUCACUUGACCUUCCUCCGGCCAGUCGGCUCACCGGACGACGAGGAGGCCAGCGACUCCGACAGCGAGUUGGGCCCGAGUUUCGGCGGCGUCGAACUCCACGAGCUGGGCCCCGUCCGACGCCUGUCCUCGGAUUCAAUCAUGUCCGAGGUGUUCAUGGACCUGGAUGGCAUCUCGUCCGACAAGCAGGGCUCGGUUUGGCCACCCUCCAGUGGCGACGAUCGUGACUCCUCCCUCGAGGACAUGGUCCGUGAAAGUAUCCGCCGAAUGGAGUCCCAUCCCGAGUAUGCCCACGGGCCUGCGCCGAUGAUCGGCCGGUAUGCCCCGACUGUCCAGGAUCCCAUUGCGACUCCCGUGUCCUUCAUCCAAUUAUCGGGAUCCGACGAGAGUGCCUCCCUCUCGGAGUACGGCCAGCAAGUGCAAUGUCUCAUCGAUGAGACUGCCAGCAGUCAGGCAGUGGUCGAUAUGUUGCUGGGCGUUGACUCCCAGGGCUUUGCCCUGAUCCACUAUGCCAUCCAGGCCGAUGAUGUCCACUUGGUUGAACUACUGGCGCGGGAGCUCUCGAGUGCCAUCCAGCGCAUUUACCCGCACGGCACCUAUGGGGCUUCCCGUCCGCCCGCUGUCUGCACGGCUCCCCCCGAGCCGAGUCUCAUCACCAGCAAUCCCUCCCUCCUUCAGAACCUCCAAAAGCACCUGCUCUCUGGCGAUCUCAAGAAGGCGGCGCUGCUCCGGCUGCUGGACCUGCGUAAUCCCGCCGGACAGACGCCCCUUCAUCUUGCCGCGGCUGGUCGCCUUCGAUCGAUGACCUGGGCCCUGGUGGGGAUCUUCACCACCGCUCAGCUUGACCCGAUCAUGGUUCAGCACAUCCUCCUGGCCGUCGAUCGGUCGGGCAACUCGCUCUUGCAUGCGGCUUGCUCCUUCCACCGGUCGCAUGCCAUUCUGCCGCUGACCAUCGUCGACAAUCCGGCGCACGCCGGCUUCACCAUCUGCAAGCAGCAGACCCUCAAUGGCAUGGCCGGUCACAUCUUGUCCUCCAUCGGCCGGGAGCUCAUCAAGGUCGGCAGCCUUGGUCUGGCCCUGGCCAUGGUCAACCUCACCCAUGAGACGCCGCUGCAUGUGGCCUGCUCGGCACUCGACAUCUCGGCCAUCCGGUGGAUUUUGAAGAACAUGAUCGGCGGCUCGCCUGCCGCCUCGCCGGCCGACUUCCCCCCCACUCCGCACAGUGCUUCGCCGGCCAAUGGGCUGUCCAGCGGCUCCCCCACGCCCUCGGGUCAUGAAAUCUCGCCGGAGAUGUUCGGCCUGAAAUCCUUCUCCCUCAAUGCUCGGGAUAUCUAUGGCGACACGGCGAUCGUCAUGACGGUCCGCGCGUCGGCCCUACUGCAUGAUAGCUGUGCAUUGGCCAUCGACCGAGUGCUCCGGGUCCCGGAAUGGACCUCCGGACCGACAUCCCCCCUUCGUCAGGAGAUCAGCCAGUACCAAUAUUAUUUGGACCACUUGUCGUCGCAGUGCCUGCAACAAUUGCUAGCCUGCCCCGGAGUGCAGGUUCUCCCGCCGGGGGAGUUCCUCAGCACCGAGAUGCCGGUCCAAAGCCACUCGCCGCUCUUCUGGGCCUCCUCCCUCAACCUUCCCAUGACCUUGUCGCUGUUGGUGCACCAUGUGGCGGUUCUCUCGCAGGUGUCGCUCCUGGACAAGGCCAGUGGCGAUGUGAUGCCCUUCUACUUCCAGGCUCUGGAAGUGGCCAUCCGCAAUUGCUCCUCCCUGGCCCUACGCAUUCUCCUGAUGCCCUUCUCGCCGCGGGCUUCCAUCGCCACCGCCGCCGAUCAUGACCAUGUGUUGGCCUUCCUCUUUGGUCGGGCAUCUCCCCAUGCCGGUCAAUAUGCCCAAGGCGCCACGCAGGGCAGCAUGGCCGGCCCCCUUCAGCAGGCACACCUGCUGGAGCUCAAUCCCACCCUCGAUCGGCAGCCCCUGUCCCUUGGCCGGGACUCCAUGCGCCAGCUUCUCCACACGGCCUGGCGCCUGGACGAGGCCGGGCGGUCCUUUGUCACCGGGCUCCUGCUGCAGCACACUCUCCUGCCGGUGGCCAGAGGCAGCUUGCCAACCGGCUGGCUGGUUGGGCCGUUGAAUACGCAUUUCCCGGCCCUUCUCCGGGCGACGGGCGCAUCGCCGCUCGACCUGCUGACCGCACGCAACCUGGUCACCCCCCUGCUGGGCCUGCCUCUGUCGGUAUAUGCUCAAGCUUUGGCCGAGUUGUUCAGCAUGCAAAUGCGUGAGGGGGACCUUUCGGCCUCGGGUGCCACGCAUGCUGGUGUGUCGCCCGGCACUGCCAGUGUCGCCGACAGCCCUGCCACCACCAUCAGCACCACGUCCUCUCCGGGCGAUGCGAUUGUCCCCCUGACCCCGGCAUCGGAUGCCUCGAACUAUCUCUCCGAUGGUUAUUACAAUGGGCACUUUGCCGAUGUGGACAUGCUGUUCGAUCCGCAGCACUCUUCCUCCUCCACCGGAGGCCACUUCUCGUCGCCCCUGCCGGACCAUCCCUUCCCGGGUCUCGGUCGGCGGCAUUCGAAGGACUUCCUGUCCGCCGAUGGCCAUGCGAUGGAGGAGGACUCGCACACCACCACCCCCCCCGGGGCCGCGCUGCAGGACUACUUCGACAUGCAUUCCGCCGACCUGGCCACCUACUCGUCGGCCAUGCAUGGCACCCAGCCCGGCCCCCUGGGAAUGGACUCCCUGCUGGCCUCGCCCUCGUCAUUCAGCGGGACACCCACGCAGAGCUCCUCCUCGCCCGGUAAGAGCGGCCAAGAGGAGCAACCUCGCUCGGCCUCUUCUUCACAAUCUCCCGGCCCCAUCGGUGCCAAUGCAUCUGGCGAGCGUCUCGCGCAGCUUCUCUUUGCCCUGGGGCAGGAUGGCCGCGGGGCGAUCCACGCCGCGGCCGCCAGUGCCGACCUGUCGGCCAUCGACCUGCUGCUGGGACUGGCGUAUGUCCUUGGCCCGGCGGCCGCCUGUCGCUUGAUCACCCUGGCCGAUGCCAAUGGCAACACCCUGGUCCACUUGCUGUGUGCUCACUUCCCGGAGACGCCGCUUGCCCAGCCAUCCGGCCAUGGGUCCGCGAUCCCGCAAUCGGUGGCAUGCCUGCGCCUGGUGUUGGACAUGUACCCCCAUUGCCGGAUGCUGUGCAUGGGCUCCCUCGCGGAGGCUCCCCCGCCGGCCCCGGGUCACCACUGGCCGACUGCCACUCAGAUCCUGCGCUCGCGCAAUCGCCUUGCCCAAACCCCCCUGCACAUGGCGGCCUCCUCGCUCAAUGUCCUGGCUGCCGGGAUCCUCCUGUCGCACUGUGUGGAGGUGGACUCCGCCGAUCAGGACGGACGAACCCCCAUCCACUAUGUGUGCUCCGGUUGCUACUUCCCCGACGAGGAGGGGGGCGCCGUUGUGUGCCGGCCGCAUGAGCGCCAGCGUCAGCUGGCGGCCGCCGGCCCGGCCGGCGCAUCUGCCGACUGUGCUGACUCUCCGACCGGUUGCCUGGAGCUCAGCCACCGCCUGGUUCAGCUGCUGCUCAAUGCCUCGGCCAAUCCCACCUCGGUCGAUGGGCACGGGCAGAAUCUCCUGCACAUGUGCAUCGUGGCCGGAGCCAUUGGGCCCCUGUGUGCCCUCUUCGGCCUGGAAAUCGGUCCGUUGGAGCGGUCGACCGCCGCGUCCUACCCGGUUGGCGGCCACCCGCUGUUCACGUACCUGGGCGUGUCGACCGGCAAGGGCGAUGCCCCCACCGACCGGGUCCCCGGCCUCCGACACAGCCAAAGCAUCCAGCUGUGGUUCUCCCAGGAUGCCAAUGGCGAUACACCCCUCCAUUGGGCCUGCCGGACGGGCUUCUUGGCAGCGGUGGAUCUCUUCAUCCUAGCUCGGAGCCUGGUUCCCAGCUCGCUAUCCACCCUGUCGGCCACCUCCGGGCCGUGGUUGGUGGCCAACAGUCGCGGCGAAACCCCCCUCUUCCUGGCCUGCCUGGAGGGGCAUGCGCUGGUGGUCCUCAAGAUCCUGCUGGCGGCCUUCGCCGACUCCGGAACCAUCCCCCAGGUGGCCGGGCUGAGGGCCCUCUCGUUGGAGGGCCUGCAGCCGCGUGCCCUGGGCGUCGAGGCCACGAAGUCCCUGAAGCGGGCUCUCUCCGAGCAGCUCGACAUGCAAGGCCGGAGUUGCCGGUCGGUGUCGGGCCCCGAUGUGCAGGCGGUCUUCGCUCUGAUCGCCACCGACCGGCGUCUCUUCCCACGGCAGCCGGUCCAGCUGGUUUAAUCAAUAGACCUGUCACCUUCCCCAGA